GUGGAGCUAAACUUAGCCCUGACAGUACCACACCUCAUCACAACAUACUCUGCAGACCACAGUGAGCUACAAUGGCUGGUGUCCUGUUACCACAGAUGCUGCUGUAUCUCAUCGGUGACGCUGGCUAAACAAGGUAACACUCAUGAUGGAGGAAGAAAGAAAAGAAAACCAGAGUGAAGAGCUGGAAUCUUUAACACUCUCAAGAAACUCUCAGGAAACAAGUCACAAUGGGUCUGCCCUGCCUGCAGCAGCGAGGUCCAAAGGUGCGCCCACGCAGUCCUUCUCCUCUCUGUUACCAAAGGCUCUCUCUGCUGUGCUACAUCCAACGUUGCCCCCAGGUCUCAACUCCAACCCCCAGCCCAGCAGAGAUCGGGUGAAACACACUUCACCGAAUCUGGAACAACUUCAGACAGAGCUGAGAGACCUGAGGGACCAGUUUGAUCAGAUGAAGAGUCAGCACAACAAAGAAAUUAAACUGCUGAUGAAUGAGCUCGAUGAAGAGAAAAGGAUUCGCUUGACUUUACAGAUGGAGAUCCAACGUAUGAAGAAGCACAUGUCUAAAUAAGUGGAGAACUUCACCAUCACCACAGACAAGCUUGAGAAGUUUUAAAAGGUCGUGUUCUGCACUCUGAGAAAUAAUAUUUUUCUACGUUUUGAAAAGACCACCUUUUUGAUGAAAAGUUCUUAUUUUUUAGCGAAACACUUCUCUUAGAUGGUCAUUUUCAUUUUGUUUUUGUUGGGCUGGCCAAGAGGACUGAAUGUUUUUACUGAGUCAUUGCUGAAAGUGCAAACAUGAUGCACACUGGGAGCUGCAAAAAACAAAUAAAAAAAAAACCUGUCACUUGAGCCGA